AUGGUUCGGAUUUCUGGACUUCCUGAAGUACCCCAAUCAGAACCAAUCCUACCUACUUCGCAUCGAGAAACCUACCCUCAAAUCCCAUCUUCCCCACCUUCUGUCGCAUCCGAUCUGGGCAGUGGAAGAAAACUUCGAAAGCCUCCCACCGUCACACCCCGGUCUUUUAGACGCUUCUUCACCCCUCGAUCUCUGCUCAAUAGUGGAAGCAAUGCUAGUGUAAAGACAAGUCGCCAGGCCCUGCGGGUGUUGAAUUCGCCCGCCGUUAAUCGUCUCGGUCCCGCUUUUACUCGUUCGCCCGAUGGCCGCUCUAGAAGCCCUUUCGAUGGACUGCCAGAGGUUCCCGAGGAAACAUUCCGUACACCGAGCCGGAAAAGAAAACAUUCUUUCUCUUCGGUUGUUUCCCCGCUGCAAUCAUCGCCGUUGAAAAAAGUUCGUGUACGAUCUCCGGGCAACGAUGUCGAGCAGAAGACAACAGUUGGUGAUAUCGAUGUGAACCGAGGACGCUAUGACGGAGCUACAUCACCAAGUCCCCCAAAACGGCGCCCAGUCUCGCCGGUCACCCGCUCGCGAGCAUUGCAGACAUCUGGAUCUUUGUUCAUGCGAUCACUGCAGGGAGGUCGUGCUAAUCGGCUCACUAUCCGGUCAACUUAUGGAGCAGGAUGGCAAGAUCUCACGUCCGACUUCCAUACUCGCCCGGAGGACCGUCACUCAUGUGCCAGUUAUGCCACAGAGGGACAACUGGCACUUCCAUUUUGCAAUGCUGCUUGCAAUACAAACUCCCUUGUAGCCGUGGGUGAUGAAGAGGGAGGUAUUCGAUUGCUCGAUUCAUCUAAAGACGACGAGCGAGGAUUUUCCAGUGCAUAUCUUGGAUUUCGCCCUCAUAUGAACUCGCUCAUGGACUUGGAGUUCUCAUCUGAUGACAUGUUGCUGGCUACAGCCUCUGGAGACCAAACAUCUUUGAUCAUCGACAUGACAACGCAACGACCGAUCCAUUGCUUGUCCAAUCACGUCUCCUCGGUAAAGCGUGUCCAAUUUCAGCCUGGCUCCAAUAACAAAGUCCUAGCUACAUGCAGCCGUGACGGCAACGUCAACAUUUGGGAUCUUCGCUGCAAAGGCUUUGAGCGUCCCUCACUACAAGUUCGAUGCUCACUUGAAUCGGAUGCCGAAAACGCGGCCACACCAGCUCCCCCCAAAAUGACAUACCCUCAUGUUUUGAACACGAUUCAUGGCGCCCAUGCGUAUACUACCCCACAAAAGCCGGCCAUGGACAAGACCGAAGCACCUCCCUUUGGUCGUUCAGAUAUUACCGUCACCUCUUUGGCCUUUCUUCCCCCUGGCCAAGAGAAUCUUUUCGUCACCGCAUCCGAGGCUAGCGCGAGUGUCCGGCUUUGGGACUUGCGAACUGCCCACAACAACCGCCGCGGUCGGCCUGUGCUCCCAUUGUCCACGACCCGGGAGCCUGAUAGCCAUAUCAAGUACCGGCGCUUUGGUCUCACCUCCAUGGCACUCGGAGGUGACGGUGCAAGACUGUAUACUCUCUGUCGAGAUGGAACCGUCUACGCAUAUUCGACUUCCCAUCUGGUGCUUGGGCACGCACCAGAGCUUUCCCUUAAUCAUGAUCGCCCCCGCCGCUCUGGUGGCUCCGACAAAGAAGGCCUUGGACCUUUGUACGGAUUCCGCCACCCACGUCUUCAGGUUUCUUCUUUCUAUGUCAAGCUCGCAGUGCGCAAACCCGUCAAUGACCGCCAAGAAAUGCUGGCAGUAGGCAGUAGUGACGCUUGCCCAAUACUCUUUCCUACCGACGAACGGUUCCUCCAGUCCCCAGUCAAGACUUACUCCGAGGAUGAACUUCCUCGCCCUACAUCCCUGUUCACUACUCGAUCAGGCCUCCGACGAACUAACUCCGGGAUUGGCUUGUCGGGGCGUCUUGAGGAUACCAUCCCCAUCCAUCAAUCCGGCACUGCUCUUGUUGAAGGCCACCAGAAAGAAGUCACCGGAAUGUCGUGGACAGUUGACGGUGAGCUGAUUACCGUCAGCGACGAUUAUAGCGCCCGAUGCUGGCGUGAAGGCCCUGAGGCUCGCGAGCUUCGCAAUAAUGGCGACACUGAGGGUCGUCGUUGGCAAUGCGGCUGGGCUGCUACGACAGACUCAUAUGAAGACGAAGAUGAAUGA